AUGUCAAUGGAUGUCGGUGUUGUCGGCCUCGGGGUGAUGGGCGCGAACCUGGCCUUGAACAUUGCGGAGAAAGGGUUUAAAGUUGCUGUGUUCAACCGUACGUACUCUAAGAGCGAGGAAUUCAUGAAAGCGAAUGCCUCUGCUCCAUUUGCGGGUAAUUUGAAGGCGUUUGAAACUAUGGAGGCAUUUGCAGCGUCACUCAAGAAACCUCGAAAGGCCCUCAUCCUGGUGCAGGCGGGCGCGGCUACGGACUCAACAAUUGAACAACUUAAGAAAGUGUUUGAGAAGGGAGAUAUCCUCGUUGAUACCGGUAACGCGCAUUUUAAGGAUCAGGGACGCCGCGCCCAGCAGCUGGAGGCGGCAGGUCUCCGGUUUCUUGGGAUGGGCAUAUCCGGGGGCGAGGAGGGUGCACGCAAAGGGCCAGCCUUUUUCCCUGGAGGGACGCUUAGUGUGUGGGAGGAAAUACGACCAAUUGUUGAGGCCGCCGCAGCUAAGGCAGAUGAUGGCCGGCCCUGUGUGACGAUGAACGGCAGCGGCGGCGCGGGAUCAUGCGUGAAGAUGUACCACAAUUCGGGUGAAUACGCCAUUUUGCAAAUUUGGGGUGAGGUUUUUGACAUCCUUCGGGCAAUGGGACUGAACAACGAUGAAGUUGCUGCCGUUCUUGAAGAUUGGAAAUCAAAGAACUUCUUGAAGUCUUAUAUGCUCGAUAUCUCAAUUGCAGCCGCGCGGGCAAAGGAUAAGGAUGGAAGUUAUCUUACGGAGCACGUGAUGGAUCGUAUUGGAUCGAAGGGCACCGGCUUAUGGUCCGCCCAAGAGGCUCUCGAGAUUGGAGUCCCUGCGCCCAGUUUGAACAUGGCUGUCGUAUCGCGGCAGUUCACAAUGUAUAAAACUGAGCGUCAAGCGAAUGCCAGCAAUGCACCCGGUAUUACUCAAUCCCCUGGAUACACUCUCAAAAACAAAAGCCCCAGUGGGCCCGAAAUUAAGCAGCUCUACGACUCUGUGUGCAUUGCCAUUAUCUCAUGCUACGCUCAAAUGUUUCAGUGCCUGCGUGAGAUGGACAAGGUGCAUAACUUCGGACUCAAUCUUCCAGCUACCAUUGCAACUUUCCGCGCCGGUUGCAUUUUGCAGGGCUACCUUUUAAAACCCAUGACUGAGGCAUUCGAAAAGAAUCCCAACAUUAGCAAUCUCAUGUGUGCAUUCCAAACCGAGAUCAGGGCAGGACUACAGAAUUACCGCGAUAUGGUGGCACUUAUCACAUCAAAGUUGGAAGUGUCCAUUCCUGUGCUGUCGGCCUCCCUCAAUUACGUUACUGCGAUGUUUACGCCAACACUCAAGUAUGGGCAACUUGUGUCGUUGCAGCGGGAUGUGUUCGGUCGGCACGGCUACGAAAGGGUGGAUAAAGACGGCCGCGAAUCAUUCCAAUGGCCUGAGUUGCAAUAA